AGGUGUAAUUUUGACAUGAGGAAAAGCUGAGAGAAUUGGGCGUGUUCAGCCUGGAGAGGAGAAGCUCCGGGGGUGGCCUAAUUGUGGCCUUCGAGGCAGUCUCCAAAAUCCACCAUGACUGUUUUCUUUGAGUCCGACUUCCUGAAAGUCAUCAUCGGAGUGGCAUGCGGCGUGUGCCUGGGCUGGGGCAUGCGGGGGAGGCUCCGCAGGAAGCCUGGGGCUGGAACAAUGCCAGAGCCUUCCAACAGCCUGGGGGGCGAGGCCGACAUCAUGGGAGAGUCUGGGGAGCUCAAGCUGGUGCUGAUCGUCCGCAACGACCUGAAGAUGGGCAAGGGCAAAGUAGCAGCGCAGUGCUCCCACGCUGCUGUCUCUGCCUACAAGCAGGUUCACAAAAGGGAUCCCGAGCUCCUGAAGCAGUGGGAAUAUUGUGGACAACCUAAAGUGGUCCUGAAAGCUCCGGAUGAAGAGACUCUGGUGCAGCUCCUGGCUGAGGCGAAGCGCCUGGGGCUGACUGUGAGCUUGAUACAGGAUGCUGGGCGUACUCAGAUAGCUCCAGGCUCCAGGACAGUCCUUGGGAUCGGACCAGGACCAGCUGAUGUCAUAGAUAAAGUUUCUGGUCACCUUAAACUCUUCUAAACUGGUACCAAAAAGACCUGGAUGUGUUCAUGUAUGUCAGUACUGAAGGGAUAAAAAUGCAAGUUGGGUUUUUUUUCCGUAUUUUCCCUCACGGUUAAUAAAAUCAGCAAGUUUUGUAAGAUUUAAAUUUGUAAA